AUGGGUCGAAAGAAGUUAUUAUUGGAUCUGAAGAAUAAGAUGUCUUCGGAUGAAAGCGAUUCCGACGACAACUUGUCGGUGGAUUCGGACGAAGAGCUGCAGAAGGCUUUCCAAAGGGGAGACUUAAAGCCCGGACUCAACGCUUUGGUGGCCUUUAAGCCUCGCGAAGAGCACGUGUACGACAAGACUGCCAUCAAAGCCAAGUUGGAUCAGUUGAGGCUCGACUUGGAUUGGAUCGAAAGACUGGAUUCGGUGGACAAUCCGGCGAAAGUGACGGCAGAAGUGCAGCAAAUGUUUGGAAACAUUGACUUAAAACUCAAUAAAAAGGGAGAAAUCAGUGCCGAAGAGAAGGAGAGUUUAGAUAAAAGCGAUAACGACUUCAAACGGGAAAUGCUUUUCUAUAGGAGAGCGCAGACCGCAGUCCUGGAGGGCAUCCCUCGCCUCCGAGCGCUCAAAGUGGUCACCAAAAGGCCGACCGAUUAUUUCGCCGAAAUGUCCAAAACUGAUGACCACAUGAAGAAAGUGCGCGAAAAUAUAGUUAGAAGACAGACAGCAAAGGAUGCCUCAGAAAAGGCCAAAAAGAUGAGAGAUUUGAAAAAAUACGGCAAAAAAAUCCAAACAGAAGUCCUCAUCAAACGACAGAAAGAGAAGAGAGAACUCAUGGAUAGACUCAAGAAGUAUAAGACGGGAAAAGUCCUAUUAAAUCUAAAGGACCUGAGUGUCGUCCCUUCACCGCCAGUCUUCUUCUCAUUAUCAUUAUUACGCCUGUUGUUCAGCCGCUUCUUCGUCUUCCGUUUGUUUUUCGUUUUGAUGUUCUUAUGUAAGUUUGGUUACGGCGGACAGAAGAAGCGCUCGAAAUACAACGAUUCCAGCAGUUCUGCAGAGAUGAAUAAAUUCAGUCGAAGGCGUAACGCGAAGCCAAUGGCCGGCAAACAAAGGCCCGGAAAGUCCAGCCGACAGAAGAUGAGGAAUAAGAAGAGAUCGUAA